GCUUGAAGUCAGCCUAACUAGGGUACAUUCCCUUUGAUCCCGCUUGUUCGUCCAGGUACACCAACUCUCCGUUUCAGCACUUCCACCCUAUGAACCCAUUCCCCCGAGGGCGGGACAUGUAGACCCCUUCACCUGUUGUCUGCCUAGUCAUACACCUCCUUUUUGUUGAAGUUGAUGUCCGUCGAUCCCUUUCUAUGCUUCAUCCCUUCAGUUCGGUUUGAAUUAAUGCUUUGAAUUACCACAAAUUUAUUUUCAGUCACAAAUCUGCUUGUCUGAAGCGUGUUAGAUAUCGAGCCAUCCUGGACCCUUCCACCAGAAGAAUGACCUACAACAAGUCCCCCCAAAUGUCAAUGUUCACCAUGUUCGAACAUCAAUAUGCCUCCCCAGCCGCUGUUCCCGUUUUGAAAAGGUUCUCACGUCACGCCACUUGUAGCGCCUUCAGCAGCUCCGCCACCGCGGACGAAGACUGGACACAGAUCUCCGACAUUGCAGACCGCCGGCGGGUUCAGAACCGCAUUGCCCAACGUAACUAUCGAAAGAAGUGCAAGAGACGCCUUGAGGACCUUGAGAGGCGGGCUGGUCGGGAAAGCACGACCAUCGCACAACCUAAGCGCUUAGAUCAGCGUUCGCAUGUUGCCGAGAUACCAAAAGUGAUAGAAUCCAUAAACGAAAGCCAGCACAUAACCCCCGCGGAAGCCGACAAGGCCUCACUCGCGCAACAUCAGCCCGACAUUUGUGAGAGAUUAGAGAUUGCCCCAAUAUUCACCUACGCGACCUGUUUUGCACCAGGAAACAUGAUCUUCGCUCCCUCGCACACCACGCAGCCUUAUCUCAUAACCGCCGAGAUGUACCAAGUGCCAACGACGCACUACAACAGCGCCAUCAAGCUCGAACAAUCCCCAAGCGACGAAUGGCCUCCAUCGUUACAUGGAUCCUGACAACAAUCCCGGCAUCGACAUAAACCCGCCAAGCAGAUGACCUAAAGAGAGUUACUUUGCAGGACAUGCUGGAAUUCGCCGACUGUUGACAAUGCUUCCGCAAAUGCGCCCUCGCUCGUGCUCCUCAUCCUCGCCUUCUUGGAAGCCCGGGUGUACCACCCUCGCCUACACCGUCGAAGGAAAAGGGGUGGCACCCAAUUACCUGGUCUCAAUUGGUCAUUUGUCGCAGAGUGCCCUGAUGGGCAGCCCGGCUGCCAAGGCCCUCGGAGAGACGUAUGCCCGUACCAAGGGUCUGACAAGGGGUAAAUUAGUUACUCACCCACCCGUCAGAACCCCUUUCUUAGACUCUAACCAAUGCAACCGCACUUCCAACUCUAUUUCUACCAUAUUCUGCUGACCAUCGCGACAACUGAAUGGGUCCGG